CUCCUUUGCUCUUCCCCUCAUUAGCUUCUUCUGGUUGGGCCCAGACCUGCCUUGAGGAGCCUGUACAGUUAAAACAUGAACCCCACGGAUAUAGCAGACACCACCCUCGAUGAAAGCAUAUACAGCAAUUACUAUCUGUAUGAAAGUAUCCCCAGGCCUUGCACCAAAGAAGGCAUCAAGGCAUUUGGGGAGCUCUUCCUGCCCCCACUGUAUUCCUUGGUUUUUGUGUUUGGUCUGCUUGGAAAUUCUGUGGUGGUUCUGGUCCUGUUCAAAUACAAGCGGCUCAGGUCCAUGACUGAUGUGUACCUGCUCAACCUUGCCAUCUCGGAUCUGCUCUUCGUGUUUUCCCUCCCUUUUUGGGGCUACUAUGCAGCAGACCAGUGGGUUUUUGGGCUAGGUCUGUGCAAGAUGAUUUCCUGGAUGUACUUGGUGGGCUUUUACAGCGGCAUAUUCUUUGUCAUGCUUAUGAGCAUUGAUAGAUACCUGGCAAUUGUGCACGCGGUGUUUUCCUUGAGGGCAAGGACCUUGACUUAUGGGGUCAUCACCAGUUUGGCUACAUGGUCAGUGGCUGUGUUCGCCUCCCUUCCUGGCUUUCUGUUCAGCACUUGUUAUACUGAGCGCAACCACACCUACUGCAAAACCAAGUACUCUCUCAACUCCACGACGUGGAAGGUUCUCAGCUCCCUGGAAAUCAACAUUCUCGGACUGGUGAUCCCUUUAGGGAUCAUGCUGUUUUGCUACUCCAUGAUCAUCAGGACCUUGCAGCAUUGUAAAAACGAGAAGAAGAACAAGGCGGUGAAGAUGAUCUUUGCCGUGGUGGUCCUCUUCCUUGGGUUCUGGACACCUUACAACAUAGUGCUCUUCCUAGAGACCCUGGUGGAGCUAGAAGUCCUUCAGGACUGCGCCUUUGAAAGAUACUUGGACUAUGCCAUCCAGGCCACAGAAACUCUGGCGUUUGUUCACUGCUGCCUUAAUCCCAUCAUCUACUUUUUUCUGGGGGAGAAAUUUCGCAAGUACAUCCUACAGCUCUUCAAAACCUGCAGGGGCCUUUUUGUGCUCUGCCAAUACUGUGGGCUCCUCCAAAUUUACUCUGCUGACACCCCCAGCUCAUCGUACACGCAGUCCACCAUGGAUCAUGAUCUCCAUGAUGCUCUGUAGAAAAAUGAAAAGGUGAAAUGCAGAGUCAAUGAACUUCCCACAUUCAGAGCUUACUUAAAAUUGUAUUUUAGUAAGAGAUUCCUGAGCCAGUGUCAGGAGGAAGGCUUACACCCACAGUGGAAAGACGGCUUCUCAUCCUGCAGGCAGCUUUUUCUCUCCCACUAGACAAGUCCAGCCUGGCAAGGGUUCACCUGGGCUGAGGCAUCCUUCCUCACACCAGACUUGCCUGCAGGCAUGAGUCAGUCUGAUGAGAACUCCGAGCAGUGUUUGAAUGAAGUUGUAGGUAAUAUUGCAAGGCAAAGACUAUUCCCUUCUAACCUGAACUGAUGGGUUUCUCCAGAGGGAGUUGCAGAGCAUUGGCUGAUGGAGUAAAUUGCUACCUUUUGCUGUGGCAAAUGGG